GCUGGACCUUAUAAAGUUGAUGAUGUUUUUCUGAAGGAAAUUUGGCUACAACGUUUACCAACGGUAGUUAAGCAAAUUCUUUGUGCUUCUAGCCAACCUUUAGAUUUAGAGAAUCUAGCUAGCAUGGCCGACAAAAUUUUAGAGGUAACACCUUGUACUACACCGUAUGUGCAGACACUAUCAGAGACUUCGAAUGACAGGCAAACUCCUACAAUAGCGUCGUUAACAGCCGAAUUAGGCGAACUACGAGCACAUCACGAACGAACCAUUGCCAGUCUCGAAAAUAAACUAGAUGGAUUACAACUAUUACUUUCCAAUCUCACAUCUAAAAGGUCUCGCUCCAGUUCCCGAGGGAGUAAGAAUCGAGACACCUCAAAAGGAAAGAAAUAUGAUGAUCACAUAUGUUGGUACCAUAGAAAAUACGGUGACAAAGCUAGGAAAUGCGUCACGUCUUGUAAAUUUUUCAAGUCAUUUUCCUCACCUAAAGGUGUCAACCAAACCAUGGUAACAACAAAUAUUUCGAGUGAUCCUCAUACUCGCCUUUUCCAUGUCCUUGAUAAAACUUCAGGAUAUAAAUUCUUAGUAGACACUGGAGCAGAAGUCAGCGUUAUUCCAGUUACCUUAGCCAACAAACCUGUUCCUAAGGGUGGAAAAUACACCCUAAGGGCGGCUAACAGGACUGAAAUAAAGACAUUCGGCGAACAAUUUCUAACAUUUGACUUGGGAAUUAAACGUCAUUUAACCUGGGUAUUUAUUAUUGCUGACGUCCGCCACCCCAUAUUAGGUGCAGAUUUUUUAAGCUUCUACAACUUAUUAGUUGACGUAAAAAGAAGAAAACUUAUUGAUUCCUGCACUAAACUUCAAGUCCUGGGAAUUCAGUCAGACUACCACAUACAUAGUAUUAAAAUUGACACUCCAGGAAACGACAUAUUCACCACUAUUUUAUCUAAAUUUCCCAAAAUAACGAAACCGGACUACAGUGAAAACACGGUCCAACAUUCUGUAGUACACCGGAUAAUCACAAAAGGCCAACCAACAUCGGCACGUCCACGCCGAUUACCACCGAACAAACUGAAUGUUGCAAAGGCUGAAUUUGACCACAUGAUGCAACUAGGUAUAAUACGUCCUUCAAGUAGCCCAUGGGCAUCCCCACUCCAUAUGGUGCCCAAGCGGGAUCAGGAUUGGCGACCCUGUGGUGAUUAUAGGUCAUUGAACAACCUAACGUUACCGGACCGUUACCCAAUCCCUCAUUUACAUGAUUUUUCGCUCACUUUACACGGCAAACAUUUUUUUUUCUAAAAUCGACCUUGUACGAGCGUACCAUCAAAUCCCAGUAGCACACGAGGACAUAGCAAAAACAGCCAUCAUUACUCCAUUUGGUUUGUUUGAAUUCCUGAGAAUGCUAUUUGGA